UCCUCUGCAACAGCGACAACCCGACUGAGAGCACACAGACUGUAUGGGUCAGAGCACCAUGGAGAGAGCCGCCGUGGCGUCGGCCCGCCGCAGCCCCUCAGUCCCAGAAUGCAACAUCUUAACCUCCACCUUGGCCUUUGACCGGCACUUCACCACAACCGCCAAAGGAAUCCUCCUCCUGGCUGAGAUAGUGUGUGGUAUGUUGGUGUGGAUCCUGGUCGGAGGUACAGAGUAUUUCCGUCUCCCUGCUCUCUGCUGGGUGAUGUUUGUUGCCAUCCUGUGUUGGGUUCUGACCAUUGGCCUGUUUAUAAUUUACCUGACUGGAGUCCACAACAGGAUCCCACAGGUCCCCUGGACUACACUGUCUCUGUGUCUGAACUGUAGCGCUGCAGCUCUGUAUCUGGUGACAGCAGUAGUAGACGCUCUCUCCGUCAACCAGGCCACUAGGGGGCGACACAACUACAACUGCUGGGCAGCGUCUGCAUUCUUUGCCUUUCUGACCACACUGUGCUACACAGGAAGCAGCUACCUGAGCUACUGCGCCUGGAAAACCACAGAAGAAGAACAAUAGUCUUGUUACUUGCUGUUCAGACUUUCUCUGAGGAACGUGUCUGAUGGAGUUCGAACUUCAGAGCAGGACAAAACUUCAGUUUAAUUAAAACUUGUAUAGAAACUGUAUAUGUAUAAUAUGAUCAUGAUGUUGCAGGUCGUGUGUUUAGCAGGACAACACUUUUGCUCUCAACAAGCUUUUGUGGACUUUGAAACUAAACAGUACUAAAGUCCAAAAAACAGUCCAAUCUGAGCUAAACUGUAUAAAGACAAAAGAUAUUUUCAGCAUGUUUGCUGUUGUAUGUUUGAGGUUGAAUGCAUUGAAGCGUCACACACAGGAAUGAGCAGUACGCCGUCUACAAUCCUGCACCCAGUUACUUAUUUAUUUUUUAUUUCAUGUGCCCUGGUGUGGAAUAAACAACAGGACACAGGACACACAAACAAGAAUGAGAUAUUGAGGAUAAACUUUGUGCAAUAGAAGACCAGAUUCUGUUAAAGUAAUUAUUUCUAUAUAGAAAUAUGAAGCUUUGCCCUUCAACAGUCCCCCUUCCAGCAGAGGUGUAGUAAAGCAGAUUAGUAACAACUAAGUAAUACUAGUUAUACUUCAGUAGUCAACUCUAAUGUUUACUUGUGUAUCAAAGGACCUGGGAGUCAUUUUAGCAUUUAAUGCAGUUUUCUAUGAGAUUAGAACAAAAUUGCAGAAGAAUUAAACUAAAUAUAAUAAUUGAAAGUUAAUAAAAAUCAUUUGAAACCAAAAUAUUAUCUCAAAGGAAAAAACAUUGUGCUACGUUUGAUUACUUCUCCACUUUUAUCUCACUGAUCAGGGUUUCUCUUUUACUGCCACUUUUUCCACUUUUGUUGAAACUGAAUUUUUCAGGUGUUUAAUGUGAAAGAAUAAAAGGUGAUCGAUGUCUACGUC